CUAGGGGGAUGGCGCUGGCGCGGGCGCUGUGGUUGCGUCGAUGCCUGAGAAUCGGGGUGGGAAAAGAACGCAUGCGGGAAUCGAGAUCUAUCUUUACGACAAGCAUUCGCGUUCCCUUGCGCCCUACCCGACCGACCAAAAAAAUAAGCACACGAGAACGGGCGAGCCGCAUUCCUCGACUGGGUCGACGGCACGGCCGGCCCCGCGCGCGCCGCUUCCCUCCUUCGCCAGUCAUUUGCGCGCGUCGUUCGUGAUAACUUGUCUGUUGUUCGUCCGCUCUCUAUCGCGCGCUGUGUUUACAACUGUGUUUUUGUUAUUGCUAUAAAAUAAACCUGUGACAGUGACAUAGUGAAAUAUAUUAUAAGCAAUCAUACUUUAUUAUACAAAUAUAUAACAGUGGUUCGAGUGGAGCAGACAGCCACGGCACGCGCCGAGCUCAGCUCGGGACAUGCGGGCAGAGGCGAGCGUUCGCGCGGCGUAAUGCGGCGCGCGGGCGAUUGGGUUGCGUGGCCGGCGGCGGCAUGCGUGCUGCUGCUAGCCUGCGACUGCGCAUGCGCCAUCGAGAUGGUUGCACCUGGGAUAUGUCCCUCAAUCGACAUCAGGAACAACCUGGAGAAAACGAGGAAGCUCCAGGAAUGCCGCGUGAUCGAGGGGAACCUGAACAUCGUGCUGAUGGAGCACGUCACCCAUGCUUCGUUCGAGAACUUCUCUUUCCCGCAUCUGCGCGAGGUCACCGGCUAUGUUUUGAUUUAUAGACUACGGCGUUUAAGAAACCUCGGCGACCUGUUUCCAAAUCUCUCCGUGAUACGAGGCCUGCAGCUAUUCAAGGAUUUCGCCCUCGUCAUUUUUGACAAUGAAGGUCUCGAGUCUCUGGGUCUCCGUUCUCUUUCUCGUAUCGAGAGAGGAGCCGUGCGGAUACAGAACAACGACCGGCUGUGUUACGUCAACACCAUCGACUGGUCCAAGAUAGUGGCUAAAACGGAGCACAAUAUUAUAGGGUCGAACUACGAUACGCGGCUCUGCGGCCUAUGCCCGCACGCGCAGAGCCGCAUGAAGGACCGGCAGGACCACAUGCAGUGUCCCGCGGACUCGUCCGGUCGUCUGCUGUGCUGGGACGAAAAUAAUUGCCAGAAAAGAGAUUGUCCAAGCGCUUGCGGCGACCGCGGUUGCUAUGGCAACGACACGUGUUGUCAUUCCACGUGUCUCGGCGGCUGCGACGGGCCGCUGCCCAGCGACUGCCACGUGUGCGCCAACUUCUCCUUCAGAUACGGCGCAGAACGGACGUGUAUGGAAAGAUGUCCCGCUAACACCUAUCAGUUGGCGCGUCGCUGCGUGACGGAGCAGGAGUGCCGCUCGAUGCCGGUGCCGCCGGGCGCGGUGGGGCUGCAGGCGCCCAACAUCAAGGCGUACAAGAUCCUCAACAACGAGAAGUGCGUGUACGUCUGCCCCAGCGGCUACAUUGAGACAGGAGAGCCGCACAACUCCCAAUGCGAGCCGUGCCCGCAGUCGGGCUGUCAGCGCGAGUGCGAGGGCGGCAACAUCGACUCGAUAUCCGCCGCCGAGAAGUUCCGCGGCUGCACCCACAUCCUGGGCAACCUGGAGAUCGUGCUCAGGGCUAGUGGAGGGAAUACAAUGACGGUCUUAGAGAGCACGCUGGGCGAGAUCCGAGAGAUAACGGGCGCGCUGCGUGUGAUCCGCUCGUACCCGCUCGUGUCGCUCAUGUUCCUCAAGAACCUGCAGCGGAUCGGCGGCGGGCCCAACAUCGACAAUAAGCCGAAUAUGCACAGCCUAUACAUAUUCAACAACCCGAACCUCGAGAUGCUAUGGGAGUGGACGCCGGGAAGGCAAAUCGAAAUAUCCUCCGGUCGCCUCUUCAUACACUUUAACCCAAAACUCUGCUACGACAAGAUCGAGAAGCUCAGGAACAUGACCCGGGACCCGGCGAGCGACUUCAGCUCGAUAGAGGUGUCCCCGGAUAACAAUGGAGACCAGGCUUCUUGUUUGAAAGACACGCUGGAGCUGAAGGUGUUCUCAAUGUUCAAGAUAGUGGGCUCGUCCGGUGUGCUCCUCACGUGGAACAUGUACUGUCCCGAAGACAUGCGCCAGUUGCUCGGCUACUCGAUAUACUACAUUCAGGCGGAACAGAAUGUCACCAUAUAUGGCCAGAGGGACGCCUGCUCGGAUAUUUGGAGUGUACGCGAUAUACCGUUGGACGAAGUGCGCAACGCGACCGCAGCGCCCAAGAGCAAGGAGAACGUGCUGUCUAGUCCCUGCGACGACCUGCAGCCGCUCUUCCACCCGCUGUCGUACCUGACUCCGUACACGCGGUACGCGGCGUACGUUAAAACGUACACGACGUCGCAGUACAGCAAGGGCGCUCAGAGCCCGAUCAUAUACUUCACCACGCUGCCUGGACCACCGAGCCCGCCAACCGGCCUCACAGCGUCGGUGCGGCAACACUCAGCGACGAUCAGCUGGUCGCCGCCGUCCAUGCCCAACGGGACCAUCGCGCUCUACCGCGUUGAGAUACAGGCCAACGCGUAUAACCACCACAAGAUACUCACGGAGAACCUUAAUUAUUGCAAUAACCCGAGCGUGCUAGCAAACGUAAUAGCGGUGCGCGGGGAGGAGGUGGUCCCGAAAAAGGAGGACAAAUCGACGGGCGACGUGAAGAGCGGGACCUGCGCCUGCAAGGAGGAGCCGGAGCCGGCGGUGCGGUUCACCUCCGUGGCUGAGGAGGAACGCGUCGAGAGCAUCUACUUUGAGAACGAGCUGCAGAACUUCGUGUACGUAAAGAACCGCAACAAGGUGGCGGCGGGCGGCGCGUCGCGCGCGAACCGCACGCGGCGCUCCAUCGCCAGCUCGCUCAACAGCAUGCUCGUCAUCCUCAGCGACACGCACGCGCCCGGCGCCGGCCUCAACUACUCCAACGAGACGGACGGCACGUACGUAAAGUCCCUGUACUACGAGCUGAGCGGCGACACGCACUCGCUGACGGUGGACAACCUGCGCCACUUCACGUGGUACACGGUCAACAUAUGGGCGUGCCGGAAGAAGGAGGAGAACGAAAGCUGCUCCACUGAGAGGGCUUACUAUAAUUUCCGGACUUUGGAGCGAUUGAACGUGGAUGUAGUACGCAAAGUGCGUGCUGAGGUGGUGCCGUCAAACAAAACGUUGUCAGAAGUGAACGUUACGUGGUUGCCGCCGGAGGACCCCAAUGGGUUCGUGGUGGCGUAUAACGUGUACCAUUCGAGAGUUGAAGAUUCCGCCCAGACGCAAGACGUGGGCGUAACGAACUGCAUCAGCGCGAACGACUACGAGAACUACGGGCGCGGCUUCCUCAUGCGGAACCUCGCGGCCGGCAAUUACAGCAUACGCGUCACCCCGCUCACCGUGAGCGGCGUGGGCAACGUGUCCUCCGAGAUAUUUGUUUUUAUACCGGAGGUGCGGCUGGAGGGCGGGUACGAGUGGGUGUGGGGCGUGGUGGGCGGGUGCGCCGUGGUGGCGUGCGCCGCGGCGGCGGGCGCGUGGUGGGCGCGGCGCGCGCGCACGCACGACGCCAACAAGCUGUUCGCGAGCGUCAACCCGGAGUACGUGUCCACCGUGUACGUGCCCGACGAGUGGGAGGUGCCGCGCGCCAGCAUCGAGUUCGUGCGCGAGCUCGGCCAGGGCUCCUUCGGCAUGGUAUAUGAAGGGGUAGCCAAGAAUAUUGAAAAAGGCAAACCGGAAACUCGGUGCGCUGUGAAAACUGUCAAUGAACAUGCCACUGACAGGGAGCGCAUCGAGUUCCUGAACGAGGCGUCAGUGAUGAAGGCGUUCGACACGUUCCACGUGGUGCGGCUGCUGGGCGUGGUGUCGCGCGGGCAGCCCACGCUCGUGGUGAUGGAGCUGAUGGAGCACGGCGACCUCAAGACCUACCUGCGCAGCCACCGCCCCGACGCCGACAACCAGCCCGCCGCGCCGCCCACGCUGCAGAAUAUACUGCAGAUGGCUAUAGAAAUAGCCGAUGGUAUGGCUUACCUAUCGGCCAAAAAAUUCGUGCACCGCGACUUAGCGGCGCGCAACUGUAUGGUCGCGGGAGACCUCACCGUCAAGGUCGGGGACUUCGGCAUGACCAGAGACAUUUAUGAGACUGAUUAUUAUAGGAAAGGCACCAAGGGCCUCUUGCCUGUGCGCUGGAUGAGCCCUGAGAGCUUGAAAGAUGGAGUGUUUUCGAGCAAUACAGACGUAUGGAGUUACGGUGUAGUUUUAUGGGAGAUGGCGACACUUGCUAUGCAGCCCUAUCAGGGGCUGUCGAACGAGCAAGUGGUGCGCUACGUGGUGGAGGGCGGCGUGAUGGAGCGGCCGGAGCACUGCCCCGACCGGCUGUACGAGCUGAUGCGCGCGUGCUGGGCGCACCGGCCGGCCGCGCGGCCCAGCUUCCUGCAGCUGGUGGCGGACCUGGCGCCCUCCGCGCAGCCCUACUUCCGCCACCGCUCCUUCUUCCACACGCCGCAGGGCCAGGAGAUGUACGCGCUGCAGCGCACCGCCGCGGAAGAAGAGCAAGAGAUGCAAGAAGUGAACGUGGGCGCAGUGGCCACGGGCUCGGGGUCGAACCUGUUCGGCGUGUCCGGGCGCAUCGCGUCGUGGGUCCGCGAGCUGUCCUCCCUGCGCUCGCGCACCUCGGACGACGCGGCCGCGGAACCCUUGCAGCCGCUGCAGCCUGAGCGCAAAGCGCCGCCCAACGGCACGCUCUCGCAGCCGCCCUGCUAGCCCGAGCACUCGCGCUCCACGACAUGGGAAUAGAUACACGCUCGCGGCCACGAGUCACUUCCAGUGUCCUACCGGUAGGGACUGGAUGCACGCUCGAUCUACUCACUUCUAGUGUUAAAUGUAUUGACUUGGUGGAUCAUAGUAUUUAUAAUAUGAUCUGUGUUGAGUAUGACUCGUGUCGACAAUGGAUUGGUACAAGUUACAACUCGUGUCAAUAAUGGAUGUUGUAAAGAGUAAAAUCAUAUAGCGGCUUAUGCUAUUGUUAUGUAGGGACGACAUUACUAACUUUAAUUUUGACGAUAUACAUUUUUAAUACUGACAUGCUUUACCAAUAAUUUUAAUUUAAUUGUAUUUAUAACAAUGAACAAUAAUUCAAAUAUUAAUUACCAAUGAUUACUACGAUACUAAUACAAAAUUAAGAUUAUAUGACAUUAAUAAUAGGCAUAAUAAGAUUAGUCACUAUUUGAUUUUAUUCUUUAGUGAUUACAGUUUUAUAGACUUUGCAUUUCAUAAUAAGCUUAAAAUAUUAUCGUCGCUUAUAGAACGCCUAUAUAUUCUAACGAUAUUGUUAAUACUUAUUGUUGUUAAACAUUAUUAUAUGCCUUUAUUGUAUUAAUUCACAAAUUUGUAAUGCACAAAAGUGUCGAAACUUAUAAAGAGAAAAUCGAUGCACUAUAAGUGACGAUAUGAAUUAUUAUUUAAUUACAUUUGUAAUAAUUGUAUAGUUAGGGAGUGUUUCGAGCGGAAAUACACCUUAUUAUUAUAUAAUUUAAGUACAAUAUAUAGUACUAGCAGUGAAAUGAUUCAAGGUAUUCAAUGUGUUCUAAUCAAAUUGCAUUUAAGAUACUUUGGAGUAAUUACGAAUUGGUAAAUAAUAAUUAAACAUACGUAGGAUGUUGUUUCUGCUAAUUCUAUGAAUGUCAUUCUACUUUUAUAAUUGUAUUUAAAAAAAACGAGUGAUGAAAUCACAUGUUAUAUUUGACCUAGUUUGCCGUUACUCCAAUGUACUACGAUUAAUUAUUAAAUAUGUAUAUACACGGAUGAAAUGCACUGUCUAUCUGUGUGUAAAGAUUAUCCCAGUGGUAGUGGAGUGCGUUGUACCGCAUAUUAUCUACCUCAAGCCUUCGGCUCUUCGAAUCCUAGUUGUAAGCCUAGCUAGUGAAAUGAUCGCCGCGUUGUUUAAUUUAUUUUAUACGUACGUUUACAUUAUACAUAGUCCGUCGUAUGGACAGUCUCACAUGAGACGAACAUAAUCCCUCUGCAAUUCUCAUAUAAAGUUAUAAAGAAAUAGGUCUAUUUAGAGUACAAUAUAGGAAAGUGCACUCGUGUGAGACUGUCUGUUUAAAUAAUUGUACAGGGCUAUCUCAAAAUCGUGUAUCGUCUGUGUUCGAGCAGCUAUUGUUUAUUUCAUUAAAGUUUCAUCAGACCCCCUUUAUUUAAGGUGUACAUUUUUCGGGGUGUCUGGUGUCACUUCGGUUAAGUACUAGUGGAUUGUUUUUAAUGUUUUAUAGCGAAGCACAAUGCACAUGAUUUAUUUUAAGUAAUCGGGAAAUUCACAAACAAUACACACACACAUAGAGUAUAUGGACAUGUUUCCAGGGUAGCCCUGUAGCCCUGCCCGAUGCGGCGGCCGCAAGGCGCGCGUUAGUCGAGCGAUUGUUUGCGUUGCAUGACGCGCCCGUCGCGGAAUGGAACCGUUAGUUAUCGUGUAAAUUGUAAAAUAUAUUCUUGAAUCUUCUCUGCAUUUAUACGAGUCGAUUGCGCACAGCGCGUGCGCGUGCGCGUGCAGAGCGGUAGUCUAGAAUAGUUAAUUAACAAAGUAGUUGUAUAUCGACGUAGAGUCGGUUGGCAGUUCCAUAUCAGGGAAGGCGCCGAAGCUGUCGCGCGACGACAAACGAUGAAUCCUAUAUAGUUUACCUCAGUAACGUAGUUGUAUCGAUGUCAUUUAUGACGCAGCCUAUUACUAUUAAGUUUAUCGAGUAAGUUGUAAAGUGUGUAUAGUUACAUAAUAAAGUAGGUAAGAUCGUGUACAAAUUAUUUUUAUCGAUUGUUUCGUUUCAUGUUCAACCCGCAUGCGCGGCGAGGGAACUGCCGCUCCGAAUAUAAUACUCACGACUCGUUCUAUAAUCUAUAUAUAUCGGUGUUAACAUUAUUGCAUAUCGAGAAUUCUAUUUUCAAAUCGGAUUUAACCACCAAAGACUUCAACUGAAAAUUGAAAUUUAGUACGUAGAAUGAUUUGUAAAUACAUCAUGUAUUUAAAUUAUACAUUUAUGUCAAAAUAAUAACUUUUAUACAAUAGAUAGAUCGCUGCGUUGUAUUACAGUGUAAUGUGAAAUUAAUGUGUUCUGUAUCAAUUAUAAUAAUGCAAUAGAUACUAACGCCAUUGCUGUUACAUAGUCAUGUUAUAUUAUCUUAUUACGAUUAUAUUUUUAGUCUAAAGUAUCUGUACUCUAUAGCCAAAGUGUAAUUCUCAAAACCAAUGUAUAUAUUUAUGACCAGUGAGCUCGUAAUCGAAGGAACUUAGUAAAAUUACGUUGACAUAUAUAUAAAAAACUACAUUUAAAGCAUAGAACAAUUGCUUUGUAUAAACAAAUAUACAAUAUUUCAAUUUAUAUUUAUUCGAUUUUUGUCGUUAUUACAUGGUUGAAAACCAUUUCGUAUUUGCCGAUGAGAGUGCACUAAUCGCGUACAUACAUAAUAUCGUACGGACAAUUAAUAUAAUUAAGGCAAUGACGAAAAAACUAUACAAGCAUAUGGAAUUUUUAUACACUAGAUUUUCUACGGCCCCUCGUGUUGUUCGGAUAGCUAUUUCAGUAUAAGUGAAAAAUAUACGCUAGCAACAUGUAAUUAAAGGGAUGUACAAUAGUCCAAAGUAGACUCCGAUGUACAACAAUCCUGGACAUUGGACGUAGUCAUGGUCCAGUGUGUCGACUCGUUAAGGGUAUUACCAAGUGCCUUCAGAUAUCCAGCCUUCGUUGGAACGCAGGAUUGUUGAUUGUGAGCACAUUACCGCCACGACGCUUGGCAAUUCACCUUUGUGUUGAGUAGUUUUAUAAUUCCUGUUAUAGUUUAUCAGUUGACCAGAUUUUAGCGCAAAUAAUGUCCACGAGGUGGGGGAUUGCGCUUCAACUAAGUGUAAUGGUGUAAUGUAACGAAUGAGUGAGCUCAGAGAUGUUACAAUAGUUCGUAGGAUGCACAUUCAUGUGUCGCGGUCGAGGGCUCAAGGCACGUUGCAUUUUAGCUUUUAUUAAUCGCUUCAUUUCUAAAGUUAUCGUAAACGUUAAAAAUUCUUUAUUUUUUUAUAUUGCAUAGUGCCUUUUGCUCAAUGGAUGAAAUUGUGUAUUUGAAUGUGUUUUGAUGAUUUCUUUGUUUUAUACAUUUCUUGUCAAAUGUUUAAUCGCGUGUAUAGUUGAUGUCAACAAUCGCUAGGCAGCUGUUCACAGUUCCUCUGUAGACGAGCCAGCCGAGGUAUUCCAUACGAUCAUUGCCCAGACGUAUACUUAUUAUUAUAACUUAAGUAAAUAUAACAACUGAGAAAAACUGGGCAAUACAAUUGGGGUGACUUCGGCGAAGUCUCGCACAACGUUGCCUCACACAGCGUUCCCUGCGAGCUACAAUAGCGACAUAAUUGAGUUUAUUUAAAUCAGUAUUUAUUUUUUAAUUAUAAUUUUCCACCUGAUAAGGCAGUUAUACCUCAUAUUUAGUAACUAUUUUCGUAAAUUAUUGACUGAUAAAAUAAUUUCCAUACAAUGUGUUCCUCGUGUGAUUUGAGUGCGUGUUUUGUAUAGUGUGGGGGUAGCGUUGUGCUCUAUGCUCAAUUUAGAUACAAUUCACCAAACGUAUGAUAGUGUAUAAUUUUUAUAUUUAAUUUAAUGAGAACCGAGUACCUAUUAAUAAUAAUUUUAAUAUUUAUA